UCAAUGUCCACCUCCAAAACUUCAUCACCAUCUCCACCAUUAUCAACCACCACCACACCAACACAAUCACCAUCCUCUCCCAUCGAAAAGAGAGGAAGAAGAAAGCCUACGGAGCCCGGCCGGUUCCUUGGCGUGAGAAGAAGGCCCUGGGGUAGAUAUGCAGCUGAGAUUAGGGAUCCAACUACAAAAGAAAGACACUGGCUUGGAACGUUUGAUACAGCUCAAGAGGCUGCUUUGGCUUAUGAUAGAGCUGCCCUUUCAAUGAAAGGAGCACAAGCGAGAACCAACUUCAUCUACACUGACUUCAACUCUAUGAUCUCCCCUUUCCAAAUCCAACACCAAGUCCCUUUACAACAACCACCACCUGCUCCUCCUAUUCAAAUUGCACCACAACCUUAUCAGCAAAUUAACCAAUUUGAAUUUCAACAGAAUCCCAAUUCUUCGAGUGAAUCCGACAUUGCCAAUGACUUCUUGUUCUCUGAUGAUUCAGGGUCUGGUUAUUUAAGCAGUAUUGUUCCUGAGAGUUAUCUUAGGAAGCCGUCCCCUCCGAGGAAUAGUCAGGUCCAGGCUUGUGAAACUUUUAGUACUAAUGUAGAUUUUGCAGAAAUGGGUGCAACGAGCUCACAAGGUUCUUCUUGUUUAAGUGAAAUUCAAGGGAGUGGGAUUUGGAUGGAUGAGCCUUUAUGGGAUUGGAGCGUGAGUGAGUUUCAGGGUAGCGCUUCAAUGACGAUGGACGCUGGUAGCAGUUCAUAUAUUCCUCAGGUUUCGGAUGCAUAUUCGACUUCGGUUUCUUCACUGAAUGAAGGAACAAGAAAUUUUGCUCGUCCUAGCUAGCUAGCAAUAUGAGGCCAAUGCAGCAAAAACACACAAUCAGAAAUCAGAAUAGAACGCAAAGAAAGAAGAGCAAUUGCUAUGAGACUAUUGAAGACCAUGUCCUAAUUGGUAUAU